AUGAUUCGAGACGAAUUUCCUCAAACGGAAUCUGCUGCCAAGUUUACACCUCUCACUGGUCUUGUACCUUUGCUUCCGAUGGCCUUAUAUCCGAAAGAUGUUCUAUUUAUUGUCAUGGGUAGUUUGAACACCAUUGAUAGAGCCCGAAUUAUCACAGAAACAUGGUUGCAAUGGUCAGAAGGCAACUUUUUCAUUUUUGCUGAUGUAGCCAACGACAGUAUUCCCUUCGUAACGCUGCCUGAGCUCCGAAACAAGUCCUCGAAAUGGGAUGGACAACAUCGACAAUUGUUAGGAUCACAGUGGCUUAUUCACAAUAAAUCUAAAUUAAUAAACAGCGUAAAAUGGUUUGUAUUUGUAGAUGAUGAUACCUGGGUUAAUAUACCUGCUCUUCUAUCAUACCUUCGACUCUUUGAUCAUCGAUUAUUAUUGUCCAUCGGAUAUAUCUGGGAUAAUAUAAAUGUUGGCGGAUGGGCAUACUUUUCUGGAGGUGCUGGUAUAGUCUUUUCACAUCCUGCAUUCAUGUCAGUCAUGCCAGCAAUCUAUACGACAACAUGCCCUUUCAAAGGAUUGAACGAUAUCACGUUUAUGCACUGUCAAAAACAAAAAGGGGUGACCAAAAUUAAUUCAGAUCGAUUCUUUUAUGAGAAACCUCAUACUCUAAGUGAAUUUCGUAUUGUAACUCCUGUUUCUUAUGUUGGCUAUGUUACUUUUCAUUAUGUUAGCAAUGCUCAACUUGCUAGACAAAUGACAUGCGAUACAGCUGCUUAUUGGAAACGUCCAAUAAGAGGAUGUGAUGGUGUUCGACACGAGUAUAUGCUAAAUCAUAAUAUUUGA